AAGAUGGAGUCCCGGCGCUGACUGACAUACCCGACCAAUGCUUCCAGAGCGGUAAACGGCUUGUUACCAUGGCAACACGUACGCUGCAACGUCACUUCACCGAUAUAAUGACGUCAUACGUCAAACGCGAGCCGAAAAUCUGCAGAGACCUCCCGAGAGGACAAGAGACAGCGAGAGACAUGCCAAAUAAAGCCAAGAAAGAGAAGGAGCCCGUGAAGGUUGCAGCUGGGAGACCAGCAGUAAAGAGCAGUAAAGAUGGAGGAGGGACACCUGAGGAGGUGCAACAGGGGGUAAACAAACGCCCCAGCCCCAGCGCACCACCCCCUACACAGCUGAACAAGAUCCAGUAUGGCGGUGGGGGGCAGGUGGUGAAGAAAGAGCGUAGACAAAGUUCAUCCAGGUUUAGUCUCAGCAAGAACCGAGAACUCCACAAACUGCCCCCUCUCAAAGAUUGUCCCCCAGGUGAGGAACGGGAAACCCUCUUUGUUCAGAAGAUUCGGCAAUGCUGCGUGCUCUUUGACUUUGUGUCGGAUCCUCUGAGUGAUCUGAAGUACAAGGAGGUGAAGAGGGCAGCGCUCAGCGAGAUGGUAGAGUUCAUCACACACAGCCGAGAUGUGCUGACUGACUGCAUCUAUCCCGAGGCCGUGCAUAUGUUCUCAGUAAAUUUAUUCCGGCCGCUUCCUCCCUCUUCAAAUCCAAGCGGAGCCGAGUUUGACCCAGAGGAGGAUGAGCCAACGCUGGAGGCUGCGUGGCCCCAUUUACAGUUGGUAUAUGAAUUUUUUCUCCGGUUUCUGGAAUCUCCGGAUUUUCAACCCAAUGUGGCAAAGAAAUUCAUAGAUCAGAAGUUUGUUCUGUCGCUCUUGGAUCUGUUUGACAGUGAAGAUCCCAGGGAGCGAGAUUUCCUGAAGACGAUACUCCACCGAAUCUACGGAAAGUUCCUGGGGUUACGAGCCUACAUGAGACGGCACAUUAACAACAUCUUUUACAGGUUUAUUUAUGAAACAGAACAUCAUAAUGGGAUUGCUGAACUCCUGGAAAUACUUGGCAGUAUUAUUAAUGGAUUCGCACUUCCACUGAAAGAAGAACACAAGAUGUUUUUAAUCCGUGUCCUGUUACCUCUGCACAAAGCCAAAUCUCUGAGUGUCUAUCAUCCGCAGCUGGCUUACUGCGUGGUGCAGUUCCUGGAGAAGGACAGUACUCUCACUGAUCCAGUGAUCUCUGGACUCCUGCGGUUCUGGCCGCGCACUCACAGCCCCAAGGAGGUGAUGUUCCUGAAUGAACUGGAAGAGAUCUUAGAUGUUAUGGAGCCUGCAGAGUUCACCAAAAUCAUGGAGCCCCUGUUUCGGCAGCUUGCCCAGUGUGUGUCCAGCCCUCAUUUCCAGGUAGCGGAGCGGGCCCUUUAUUACUGGAAUAAUGAGUACAUUCUGAGUCUGAUGAGCGACAACGCAGCACAGAUUUUGCCAAUCAUGUUCCCAUCUCUGUACCGCAACUCCAAGAACCACUGGAAUAAGACUAUACAUGGGCUGAUAUAUAAUGCUUUGAAGCUGUUCAUGGAGAUGAAUCAGAAGUUAUUUGAUGACUGUACACAGCAGUAUAAAGCAGAGAAACAGAGGGGGAAGAUUCGAGGGAGAGAGCGAGCAGAGAUGUGGAAUCGGAUUGAGGAAAUGGCGCGAUUAAACCCACAGGUGGGAAUUUACGGGCGAUUUGCUUACACCAUGUUUAAUGCUCCUCCUGCUCUCAGCCUGAUCUGCUCCAUGGAGACAGACACUCCAACUGCCGAGGAUAUUCAGAUCCUGAAGAAGACAAUGGAAACUGAGGCUGUGCAGGUGCUCCGUGGCUCCCCUCAGGAGCAGAUGAUCCUCUGCAAGAAAUCGGAACUUCCGCAGGAUAUUUAUACCAUCCGAGCUCUGGAGUCUCAUAGGAGAGCGGAGGAGUAUUUGAGUAGCAGCAAGGAGACCCUCUGACCUACUGUGAUCAGGGCUAACAACCUGCUAACUGUCCUGCCACCCUCUGCGAGAGAGGCCGAUAUACCUUCACUGGACACUGAACAUACAACCAGGAGGUGCUCUGUGGCGCCAUCUAACUUAUCCUGGACUUAGAGAUAGAGGGUUCCUUACUUUUUUUUUUUUAUUAUUAUUAUUAUUAUGAAUAUACAUCUGAUGAGCACUCAGCCAGGAGAACUUUUAACCAACAGCUGAAACCAGGACAGCAGAGAUUUUAAUGAUUCACCUGCCAUCCCAGUAACGCACGCAGGAGGCUAUGUACUACCAAAAUCCUGGCUCAGAACUACUACAAGUAUGCACUUCGACUCAAUCUGUAGUGACCCGCCAGUACCAUAGACUUGUAUAUCACUUCCACUCCCAAAUAACACAGGUGCUGCUCUGUCCUCCUCUGCAACAAUAAAAAUCAAGUAAAACCACUUUUGGACAUUAAUACAAUAGAGAUUGAAACGAAUAAUAUACUGAAAACCGUUCCAGUGUUUCUACUUUAUGGCAUGUUAUCCGUCCUAUUUCUUUGCUGAAAGCUGACAGGCUAAAUGUUAAGCAGAAGUUCCCCUCAAUCUUGCAUUACUCUGGGAUGGUGAGUUCCAUAGUGACCUAAAGCUGACUUGGCUGUCAGUCUCCUAGGUAACAACACAAAUGCUCUUUAAAAAAUUCCAAAGCUUAAGUCUUUAAAAUUGACUUAUUUAUUAAAUAAAGGAAUAAAAACAGUUGUUACAAUGGAAUAUCUAGAUGAAUGUUGCCACAAAAUAAGUUUUAAUUCAUUAUAGGUUAUUAAGGCAGUAGGGAUGGUGCAAUGGUUAGCAUUACUGCUUCACAGCACUGGGGUCAUGGGUUUCGAUUCCCACCAUAGCCCUAACUGUGUGAAGUUUGUAUAUUUUCCCCGUAUUUGUGUGGGUUUGCUGCAGAUACUCAGGUUUCCCCCCCACAAUCCAAAAAUAUAGUGGUAGGUUAUUUGGCCCCUGACAAAAAAAUUCUAGCGUGUGUACAUGGGCAGACUAGAUAAGCCAAGUGGAUCUUAUCUGCCGACAAAAACUUCUAUGGUGUAGUCCUCAACUCCAUAGGGUCAGCAUCUGUGCACACACAGUCUUCCUUAUUUCUCACAAUGUUGUCCUCAUAGGGCUCUCUUCUUGGACAGGUUAUUCUGUUUGAGGGUCUCUGUGUUCCUUAGUCACAUUCCUCUGUGUUCAGAAUGAGCUGAUCCUCGCAUGUAUAAGAUGAUAAGCUGUCUGGGUCACCUGCUUUGGUGGUAUAAUGGUAUUAAAGUUUGUUUUAAGUUGUAUGUA